AUGAAGCGGCGCAAUGCGGACUGCAGCAAACUCCGACGGCCGAUAAAACGGAACCGAAUCACCGAGGGUAUAUAUAGCAGUACAUUCCUGUACCUGAAGUUCCUGGUAGUGUGGGUGUUAGUUCUGCUGGCUGACUUCGUGCUGGAGUUCAGGUUUGAGUACCUGUGGCCCUUCUGGCUUUUCAUUCGAAGUGUCUACGACUCUUUCAGAUAUCAGGGGCUGGCAUUCUCUGUCUUCUUCGUAUGUGUUGCGUUUACAUCAGACAUCAUCUGCCUGCUCUUCAUUCCUGUCCAAUGGCUGUUUUUUGCUGCCAGCACCUACGUAUGGGUCCAGUAUGUCUGGCACACAGAGAGAGGAGUCUGCUUACCCACUGUUUCGCUGUGGAUCCUGUUUGUGUACAUCGAAGCAGCUAUCCGAUUCAAAGAUCUAAAGAACUUUCAUGUAGACCUGUGUCGACCUUUUGCAGCUCAUUGCAUCGGCUAUCCGGUCGUGACUCUGGGCUUCGGCUUUAAGAGCUACGUUAGCUAUAAGAUGCGACUGAGGAAACAGAAGGAAGUGCAGAAAGAGAAUGAAUUCUACAUGCAGCUCCUACAGCAGGCUUUACCGCCAGAGCAACAGAUGCUGCAGAGACAAGAGAGAGAAGCAGAAGAGGCUGCUCUAGCUAAAGGGAUCUCAGAGGUUGAACCUUCAGUAAUAUCCCAAAACGGAGCACCUCCUGGAAAGAAAAACACUUCAGUCCCGUUACCAGAACUAGAGUACCGGGAAAAGGGCAAAGACAGUACUGCAAAAGAGGGUAAAAAACAAAACACAAUUGGAAUCAAUAAUAACAGUAUUAUACACACACUGGACUCCAAACUACAGGAGACAGAGUAUAUUGAAAACUACGUCGGGGCAAAGAGACUGAAUAACGACCUAGCAGGAGAAAACACACUUGCAGACGCUAACACACAUUCGAAAGAGGAAAUGGGGGGGAAGAACUACAAAAAUGCCAGUGGAGGUGGGGGAAGCAUUUCCAACUCAUCUCCACGGAAUCACAGCUCUACAAACGGGAGCGUACCUCCGGGUUCUUCAACCAAUAAGAAUGAGAAGAAGCAGAAGGGGGCGGGGAAAGGUCAGAAGGAUCCGGUGGAGAACUGCAUCCCUAACAACCAGCUGGGCAAACCUGAUGCUUUAGUGAGGCUGGAGCAGGAUGUAAAGCGUCUGAAAGCAGAUCUUCAGGCCAACAGGCAGUUGGAGUCAGAGCUGCGGAGUCAGCUUUCCUCUCUGAGCAGCCAGGACCGCAGCCUCCGCUCUGAACUGGGCCAGCUCCGCCAGGACAAUGAGCUGCUGCAAAACAAGCUCCACAGUGCUGUGCAGGCCAAGCAGAAGGAUAAGCAGACCAUCUCUCAGCUGGAGAAGAGGCUAAAGGCUGAGCAGGAGGCUCGAGCCCUGGCCGAGAAGCAGCUGGCUGAGGAGAGGAAGAGGAAGAAGAUGGAAGAGGCCACCGCAGCCAGAGCCGUAGCGUUAGCUGCUGCCACCAGAGUGGAGUCCACUGAUAGUUUACGUGGUCGUAUCAGAGAACUGGAGACAGAGUGCAAGAAGCUCAGCAUCGACAUGAAAGUGAAGGAGGAACAGAUUAGAGAUCUGGAGGGAAAAUGCCAGGAGCUUCGGAAGUAUAAGGAGAAUGAAAAGGACACAGAGGUGUUGAUGUCAGCGUUGUCAGCCAUGCAGGAGAAGACCCAGCACCUGGAGAACAGCCUGAGCGCUGAGACCAGGAUCAAACUGGACCUGUUCUCUGCACUGGGCGAUGCUAAGAGGCAGCUGGAGAUAGCACAAGGCCAGAUCCACCAGAGGGAGCAGGAGAUCGCCGAGCUGAAGCAGAAGAUAGCGGAGGUGAUGGCAGUGAUGCCCAGUUUGUCGUACUCCUCAGACGGCAGCAGCCUGAGCCCCGUCACCCCACACUACUCCUCCAAGUUCAUGGACAGUAGUCCCUCCUCCCUGGACCCCAACGCCUCAGUCUACCAGCCCCUCAAGAAAUGACUCUGAUACACACACACACAUUUUUUGUCUGACAGAACUUUUUUCUCUUUGUUUAUUUCGGUGAAGCUCUCAGUUCUUGUUUGGGUCGUGUUGAUUUUAGCAGCCAGCCCCUCCCCCGACAGUUUUUGCACUCUGUAGUACCACAUACAGACAAACAAAAACACACACAUAAGCUGCACACAACCCCUCAAUACAUGUGCAUUUGGGUCCUUUCUCCCCCUUUUUUUUCAGUUCUGUUAUGAGAACUGAUUUUUAAGGAGGUUGUGUCUGACAGGAUUCACUUUUGAGCUUUGGGAUUUAGCCAUCAGACAGUGUUAACAGUUUUUAUGACAACGUAUUGGGGCUCAUUUAGGUAAAAAAAAAAAAGGCAAUUCAGGAAUGGGGGAGAAUUAAUUCUGAGAUUAAAGUAACAAAUUUGCCUACUUUUCUGAGAUAAAAACAUAAAAAAACUAAAAUAUGGUCUGAGAUUAAAGUAAGAUUAAAUGGGAUGAUCUAAAAUGUUAUAGAAAUAUAUACUAUAAGAUUUAAAUUACAAAUUUACAGGAAAAAUAGGUAGUUAGAUGAAGUGGUAUGAAGGAUCUUUUAAUAUCAGAAUAUUCUGGGUUUUCUUCUCAUAAAUAUAUCACUGAAUCUCAUAGAAUUUCAAGGUUUUUCUUUUUGUAAAUUUCCAACUCUGACUCAAAUAAUCUCUGAAAUUUUUGCGGUUUUUCUCUCAGAGUAUGACCCCCUUUCCUGCCUUGUUUUGUGGUAGUUUUUAAAAGAAAAAACAAAGAAAGGGGAGAAACAAAGACCAAUUCGUUGGCCAAAUGUCUUCUGACGAGCCAUUUUGCAUUGCUUCAUGUCAGUCUUCUUUUAAUGUACAGUUUCAAUGCCCCCACAGCCAUAUUUUUUUCCUCUAUUGGACUGACACCCAGGCUUAUGAUUUCCUUAAGAACCGCCUUUUUGAGAUGAUUUCUGUUAAGGCAAAACCUGUUUUCGGUUUAGAUCAGAUUUGAAGCUCACCUGUAAAGUAAAGAAAGCCCUGUGAGAAAUACAUGAAUGUAAAGCUGUUCAUGUUUUGAUAUCAUCAACCAAAAUCAGUGAUUGUUUUUUUUGUACCAUUUCGGUUCAGUGUACAUUUCUUUGAUAAUAGUGCUUAAGGACAGAUUAAUGUUCGAUGUGUUCCUCAGAUAUUCCGACACGUAUACAAUUUAUUCUCUUAUGCUGGAAUAGUGAAUUCUCCAGGAUUAUCAGUAAAUGGAUUAAGCUGAUGAUAGUUUUUGUCCUAGAAAAAACAAAAAACAAAACAAAAAAACCGUCUAGAUUUGACCUGGCACUGCCAAAAAUGUUGUGCUAACGUUCACCUGUUUGCUGCAGACACCUUUUCUCUCCCUCUGGACCAAAUUAGAAAGUGUUAGGCCAUAUUUGACCAGUGGAUUUUAUGAUGUCGAGGUAACCGCUCGUUACCAUUUCUUGCAGUUUUACAGUGCCUUGCGAUUUCUCUUUUUAAGACACAGAAACUACAUAUUUUGCAAUCCUGGGAUCUAAACACAACCAACCUUCUCUCUCUCGUUCUGAUUUGCCUGGUUUUCAUUUGUACCAGUGAAAUAUUACUCAUAUUUCAAUCAUCGCCAUCCAGUAAUUGAAGGCUAAAAUAAUUAAGCGUCACCUUAUAUAUCGGACACUUUGGAUCUUUUUCCAGUUCACUAGGUCUGUCUCAAAGGGAAACCAUAACACUAGCCGUGGUACAUGUCAUUUCACGGUGACACAGUCUUGGUAUGCCAAACACCAACCAAACUGAUUGUCUAAUACGAUGCCCUGGAGUUGGCAUUUAGUUGUUUACAACAAUGUACAUUAGCUUACUGAGGAAUGUUUUCUUUGUUUAUUUCCGUUCUUAAGUGCCAAGUGUUGAUGUUUGGUUUCCAUCCAUAUUUUUGAUCGAUGUAGCUAGCAUAAUGUUUGCAUAAGAGUGAUGUUAUUUUUGUCAUUUGAACAUAUUUGGAUGGUGUCGUGUUUACAAGGUUCUGGGCUGAUCAUGAUAAAGUUAACAGGCGGGUGAUUAGUUGGACUGAUUGUGUUCUUCGCACAUUUAUUUAUUUGUUAUGAAAUUUUAUUGAGUGGCACCUCUUUGAUAUUUCCCAUCAUAUUCAGUUGAUUUCCUCUUUUUUUUUUCUACCAGGAAGGAUUCUGUGAAUGUUGUUGUGUUGGGAAAGGUCACCCCUGAACCAUUUGAUCAUGUUGUGCUGUCAUGUUGCCUAACCUGGAAAAAAAAAGUAUUUUGUGGAUCGCUCUGGCAUUGUGAAUUCAGUUCUCAAGUUGUUUUUACAAGUUUGUUUAGAAGGAAAAGAAAGUAAAAAAAAAAGUGCUUUGUUUUAUCUUCUCAUUGUUCCACCAUGUUUAUUUUCUUUAUUCAGAGUGAUGGUGGCUGUGUCACACUUUUCACUUUGACCAUCACUAUUAAAGAAAGUCUUGCUGGUGGCAAUGCAAGCCGUUCAGUACAUGUUA